GGGAGAAAUGAAGAAUAGUUUCUGCCUUCACAGUCAAGCCGCAGCGGAUGGAGCUACGUCCGUGAAGAAUAGGACGCGUUUUUUGUUUAAAAUGCGUUGUUUUGCACGUAAAGAAAGUGCGUUUUAUGUUUUAACUACAAACUAUUCCAUGAUUUGAUUUCGUCCUUGCCAAAUAUGUCGGCCGUGGAGGAUGCACAGAGCCCGGAGCAGCUGAAUAAAUUUGAGAAACUGUCAGGGAGUCCUCCGUUCCGAGUGGCAGGCUCUAAGAAGAAAGCUCGCUGGCUUCAGGCUCGACGAAUCCUCGCUCAACCUUGCUCCAGCCUGCGGAUCCCUAACAGGUUUUUAAGAGAAGGUCUCAGAGCCCCCCCGGCACGGAGUGGACACCGCUGCGUCGCCGACAACACCAAUUUAUACGUGUUCGGUGGCUACAACCCGGAUUUCGAUGAGUCGGGCGGCUCGGAGAACGAGGAUUACCCUCUUUUCAGGGAGCUCUGGAGGUAUCACUUUGCAACAGGGACGUGGCAACAGAUCCGCACAGAGGGCUAUAUGCCUACAGAGUUGGCCUCCAUGUCAGCUGUUUUGCACGGUAACAACCUGCUUGUGUUUGGCGGCACUGGAAUCCCGUUUGGAGAAAACAACGGGAACGACGUUCACGUAUGCAACGUCAAAUACAAGAGGUGGUCGCUGCUGAACUGCAGAGGGAAGAAACCCAACCGAAUAUAUGGACAGGCAAUGGCCAUCAUAAAUGGCUUCCUGUAUGUGUUUGGAGGAACGACAGGCUACAUUUACAGCACAGAUCUGCACAGACUGGACCUCACCACACGCGAGUGGAUUCACCUCAAACCGUACAACCCUCCGGACGAACUGCCUGAGGAGCGAUACCGACAUGAGAUCGCACAUGACGGACAGAGGAUAUACAUCCUAGGAGGAGGAACCUCUUGGACAUCCUACCCUUUAGACAAGAUUCAUGCAUACAAUCAUGAAACAAAUUGGUGGGAGGAGAUCACAACGAAGCCCCAUGAAAGAAUAGGAUACCCAGCUCCCAGGAGAUGUCAUAGUUGUGUCCAGAUAAAAAAUGAUGUAUUUAUAUGUGGAGGUUAUAACGGCGAGUUGAUCCUGGACGAUUUGUGGAAGAUCAACCUGCAGACGUUCCAGUGGACUAAACUACCUGCGGUGAUGCCCGAGCCGGCGUAUUUCCACUGUGCUGCUGUCACACCGGCCGGCUGUAUGUACAUCCACGGAGGCGUGGUGAACAUCCACGAGAACAAGAGGACUGGCUCUCUGUUUAAGAUCUGGCUGGUGGUACCGAGCCUGCUGGAGCUCUGCUGGGAAAAACUGCUCAAAUCUUUCCCUCAUCUGGCUCAGCUCUCGACAUUGCAGCUACUUAACCUGGGCCUCACACAGGAACUCAUCGAACGCUUAAAAUGAGGACUAGCGGCCGUCGCGCGGUCGAUUUUUGGAACCAGAGGACGGACGACACACUUGAGCCAGUGUCUGAAGAUAAGGAAUAUGUCCUUAUGAUGUAGCCUGCCUUAAAACCAAAAACAGUGGGAUGGCCGCUGCCUUUUCAUGUCGUCCUUUUUUCUUUUUUCUUUUUUUAAUUAUUUAAAAAGAUCAAGUAGAAAGUGGUCUUUCAGGUUCUCCGUCUCGACUCUCCGUUACUUUUGACCUACGCUGACUGCGGAUGGGAUGAACUCUGAUUGCCUUCGGAUACACGAGAGAUGCAGCUCAAGGAAGGUUUUUAUUUCUGCUGUAACUAAAGCUAAAGAAAGACAACGUCUCACUGAACAUGUGCAAUGCCAAACUGGAUUGUGUAGCAUAGCGGAUAAUUACUAUGCUGAUUAGGCUUACGUGAAAUAUUGUUCAGCAAUCACACAAACACUGCUUUGAAAUCCAUCCUUUUUUUUCCCCUUGCGUUAAUUUAUUUCUACACGCACAUCAUAUCGUCCUUGGGAAUUUCCUCGUAUUCCUUGUAUUUUCCGUUCAUUUGUCUCGUCUGAAUCUUUAUUCACUGUGAAUAAGGUGCUCUUUAAUUUACUUUUAAAGCUUUUAAUAAUAAUAAAACACUUUUUUUUCUUCUUCUUCUCUCUGCCAAAACUGCACUCCCCUUAUACAGCCUCUUAAAUUAUGUCAUUAGAUAGUUAAACUGAUUCAGUGCCUUGUCAAGAGAGAACUAAAAUGUGCUAUAUUUAAUUCUCGAAAGUGUCGAUAAUAUCAUUUCAGCACUUUAUGUUUUCAGCAUUGAAUGCUUUCAAAAUUUUUUAAAUGCUCCGAUACCACAUGAUGCUGUGGGAGUGAUUGGACGACACUAAAUAAGCGUGAUCUGGAUGUAUUUCAUACUUAAUUAUCAAAGCAUGCUGCUCUGCUCUUCACAAUAUCAAGAGGAGGAACCACAGCGUCUUCCUACUAUACAAGUCACCUUAUGUUUAAACAUCUUAUGGUGUUUAAACUGUAUUGGUGGGCAUGGUCAUUAAAUAUAAGUGCAAAGGGUAGUUGUGGAGGAAAAAGGAGAGAGAGCACUGCACUUCAGCAAGCACUUCUCAAAGAUAAAAACUGAGCGAAAUAAAUGUUCCAUCACAUCCCUGAUUAAUUGUUCAGUACUUAAUCAGUUCAGUGUGAAGAUCAGGAUCAGUAUGGAGGAGUAGCAAACAGCAUGCACUCAUACAAGAAAUGUUAUCGAUGCAUCUCUAAUCAUCAUUUCAUUUAGUAAUAUGUUUAAAUAGGCAAAUACGUCAACUAGUUUGAUAUUAAGCUCUACACGUAGAACCGGAGCCUAAGAUUGUACGUUAAUUUAGACUCUGUUGCCUUUAAUACUUACUUUUCAAUGCUGAAGUAAUUAGGCACUUAUUGACAAUAACUACUAUUUGUACUGUCAGUCUUUACUUAGCGCUAGGAGUGUAUCAGGGCCACACAUGCCUAAAAUAUUUGCUCCUCCCACCUUUUUGUUUGCCCCUUUUAUUUUUCUCUGCAUGACUGAUGAAUGUCAUGUGAAUUGUGAAGGGCCCCACUGGGUUCUGCUCCCUGAUGAUGUGGUUUUAAGGCAGUUAUUGAAUACCUGUAUUUGUGUUCAUUAUAGGAAAUCAAUAAAAUUUAUUGACUGAAUAAGUUGUGCUGUUUUGGCCAAAGGCUGGAGGGCUCUAAGGGACAAUUUUUUUAUUUAUUUUAUAAUGUGUUAGCCUAACGCUUACUGUAGGCACUAGCUAGCUACUUAGUCACUAACUUUUUUUUCCAUGUCAGUUACAGAAACAAGAACACUGGUCAAACUGAUUAAAGCUUUUUUUUAAAUUUUUUUUUGUUAGUUAGAUUUAUAUAGCGCUUUUCAUAUUACUGGGGGUCUCCUCAAGCACCACUAGUGUGUAGCAUCCACCUGGAUGAUUGCUCCAGAACACCCACCACACACCAGCUAUUAGUGGAGAGGAGAGAAGAGAGUGAUGUAGCCAGUUCAGAGAUGGGAAUUAUUAGGGAGCCGUGAUAGAGAAGGAUCAAUGGAGGAAUUUCACCAGGACCCCGGGGUUAUACCCCGACUCUUUAACCCGACUAUCCCCUACUGGGAUUUUUAAUAACCACAGAGAGUCAGGACCUCGGUUUAACGUCUCAUCUGAAAGACAGUGCUAUUUUUACAGUAUAGUGUCCCAGUCACUCUACUGAGGCAUUUGAGCACCCCCUGCUGGCCUCACUCAUACCACUUCCAGCAGCAACCUUAGCUUUCCCCAGGAGUUCUCCCGUCCAGGUGCUGCAAAGCUAGUAAAUUAGUAUUAAAUUCAUACAUUAAAUUCAGUUUUCAAGGUCUGUGCUUCUGGGUUUUUUUCCCUUUUUGUGCACCUGCUAGAUAUGAACAGUUCAUGAGCUGCCACUUUUUCAUGAGCUGCCAUUAGUUAAAAGUUAUGUGAAUUUUACUUAAAAAAGUGCAGUUUCUAUUCUUUUCACACCACAAGAGGGCGCCCUGCGUCUGUCUGAUAUAUAAAUCUUUUCCUCAACCGAUGGUAUGGUUUGUGGGGUUGUUUUGUUUUUUUGCAUAGCGAUUUAAAAACAAUAGAAUAGGGCCCCCUGGUGGUCCAGAGGCCCUAAGUGACCACUUAUAGCCAGAUACAGCACAUAAUCCGCACUGCAAAGAGUCUCCGUUGUCAGC